AUGGUCGCCACUGUGCAGAAGCCCGUGCUCGCGUUCAAGUGGUGUGUCGCGUCCCUCUCGGCCUCGACCAACUCGCAGCACUCGCGCUUUGCCCGGGCGACGUCCCCACGCACGCAGGGCAGUUUAGGCCCGGACCUCAAGCUCCCGUUCAUCGCGGACUGCAACAUGUCCAUCUCGCGCGUGGCGGCGUCUGUGGGGCGUGGGUUCUUCAUCGUCGACCCCAAGGGCAUUCCCAGGCCACUCACGAUCAACGACCUCCCCUCUGCAACUAGAUUGCUCUGCAGCCAGAGCGGCGAAGCCGACAAACAACCGACACUCUCCGGUGAAGAGGAGUUCUACUUCGACGAUGGCACGAUCAUCAUCCUCACGGUGCAGGUCGGAGCGCGUUUCCGAUUGCUUCGAGGGAUACUAUCGAAGCACUCUCCGGUCUUUAAGGACAUGAUCGCUCUUGGAUCUACUUCCCUGUCGUCCUUCGAAGAAAUCGAGGGGGGCAACUUGGUCGUUGAGGUCAAAGACUCCGUCCACGAUUGGCGUUACGUCCUGCGCGCGCUCUACAAUACCACUCCGCUGACGAGGAUUGGAGAGACUUGGCACCCCAGCUUCGACGAGCUCUCGGCUUACAUUUGCCUUGGCCACAAGUACCAGAUGGACACGCUCUACGAUCCCGCCAUGGGGUAUCUCGAGCGAUUCUUCGUUCCAACCCUCAAUCACUGGAACCGAUGGAGCUCCCGGACGCAUCCGUACACCCUUCCGGGGUGCCCACCAGAAACCGCCAUCGGGAUAGUCACCCUUGCCCGGCUGACGGGGAAGACGUCGCUUCUGCCGCUCGCCCUGCUCUCCUGCUGUCAGCUCGGAGGGAAGCUUUUCGGCGGGUGCGCUCGCCCGGACGGGACGUACGAGAAGCUUUCCACAGAAGACUUCGUGCACUGCUUCAGUGCUAUUCCCAAGCUAGCGUCACACGGGAUCGGGGUGAACAACUCCGUGACCAAUGCUAGGCCGAAAGAGCCGUGCGGAUUCGACUGUGGGGACGAUCAGAACGUUCAGUGCGGAGGACACAUGGAGUUGUUCGUCUGGCAUAGAGCAAUGGAGACCAGUAUUAGCACGGGUGUUCUUGUGUCGCCCAACCCGUUUGUUCAGCCGAACAUGGACGCGUUCUGUAAGGGGUGUGGGGAAGACGCGCGCGAUAUCCAAGUGCAGUGCAACGCGUACAACAAAGACACGCUCUCCAUACUGGCAUCGUUCUUCGCUCUCUAA